UGAUGACUUCAAAGUGUGUUCAUCAUUCCUGGUCUUUGGUCUUAAUCUUUAUUUUUCAUCAUUUAAGUGGAGUAACCAAGAAGAUCGCAUUGAUUUAUCGGCUUUUUGUUUCUGUUUCCAGUGAGAAAUUGUGUAAAGAAAUCUGGUGAAAUGACAUCUCAGGAAGUUAUUUCUCAAGAUCUACAGUGUAACUACACACUUCUCGAGUGCUUGUGAUAUUCUAAAAUUAGUUCCUGGUUUGUUUUCAGUGUUAAUGGUUGUCGUCGUCCAAUCUGAGCUUCAUUUGUGUUUCAUUUGCGUGCAUUUAAAGUAAAAGCCAUUGCAAUGGACGGAUUCACGGGGAUGGAGCCACCGUUGGUGCAAGCCGUCUUCUACGGAGAUGCUGAUGAAGUCAGGGCCUUGCUCUACAAGAAAGAAGAUGUCAACAGCACAGAUAUAGAAAGACGUACACCCAUCCAUGCGGCUGCUUUCAGAGGGGAGGCGGAGAUUGUGGAUCUCCUUGCGGAAUGUGGUGCAAGAGUCAAUACCAAGGAUAGCAGGUGGCUUACUCCUCUUCACAGGGCUGUUGCCUCUAAAAGUCAGACCACUGUACGAGUUCUCCUGAAGCACAAUGCAGACAUUAAUGCCAGAGACAAGAACUGGCAGACCCCUCUGCACGUUGCUGCAGCCAACAAUGCAGUGGACAUUGCUGGAAUGCUCAUACCUCUGCUAUCAACGGUCAAUGUCACUGACCGUGCUGGACGAACCAGUCUCCACCAUGCAGCCUUCAAUGGCCAUGUAGAGAUGGUGAAGCUGCUGGUGGCAAAGGGAGGGACUAUUAAUGCUCAGGAUAAAAAGGAGAGGAGGCCGCUCCAUUGGGCAUCAUAUAUGGGGCAUGUUGAUGUUGUGCAGCUCUUGAUUGAGAAUGAUGCAGACAUCGGAUGUCGGGAUCGUAGUCUAUUCACACCUCUCCAUGCAGCUGCUGCUAGCGGACAAGUCAGUGUGGUUAGGAUACUUCUAGAACAUGGUGCUAAGGUUGACAUUCCUAAUGCUUGUGGGAACACCCCUCUUCAUAUAGCAAGCUUGAAUGGCAAUGAUCUGGUGCUGAGAGAGUUAAUACAACAUAAUGCUGAUGUCAACACACUCAAUAAUAAGGGACAGACCCCACUGCACCUAGCUGCCGUCUCGCCACACGGAGGCAUGUGUCUGGAGUUCCUGAUCAGUCGAGGCGCCGAGUCCAACAUUCAGUGCAAAGAUGGGCGCACCCCUCUUCAUAUGAUAGCCCUCCAGGGACAUUACCCAAGGGCAGAAAGCCUCAUUGAAAGAGGCAAGGUGAAAGAAUACCCCGUCUUCAGUCCUUCGAUUGUCCAGCUUCUCUUAGAUGCUGGUGAGUAUUGGAUUCUAAAACAUUUUCAUUCUCUCUCCAUCGUCAAUUUUUUUUAUUGUUAAAGGACAAGUCCACCCCAACAAAAAGUUGAUUUGAAAAAAAGGAGAAAAAUCCAACAAGCAAAACACUGAAAAUUUCAUCAAAAUCGGAUGUGAAAUAAGAAAGUUACGACAUUUUAAAGUUUCGCUUAAUUUCACAAAACAGUUAUAUGCACAUCCUGGUCAGUCUGCAAAUUGGCAGACUGAUGACGUCACCCACUCACUAUUUCUUUUGUAUUUUAUUAUAUGAAAUAUGAAAUAUUCUAAUUUUCUCCUCCUUGUCAAGUGAAACAAAGUUUUAUUUCUCCCUGAACAUGUGGAAUUUCCAUUA